CCCUCACGUAGUCAAAUAAUUAUGGCAGUUAUUUUAAAACACCAGACUUGUGGAUUGUUAUGGAGUACUGUGGGGCUGGUUUCCGUGUCUGAUAUCAUUCGAUACGGAAUUAAAACGUUAACAGAAGAUGAGAUAGCUACAAUAUUACAAUCAACACUUAAGGGACUGGAAUACCUUCAUUUUAUGAGAAAAAUACAUCAUCGGGAUAUCAAGGCAGGAAAUAUUUUGCUAAAUACAGAAGGACAUGCAAAACUUGCAGAUUUUGGGGUAGCAGGUCAACUUACAGAUACCAUGGCCAAACGGAAUACAGUGAUAGGGACACCAUUUUGGAUGGCUCCAGAAGUGAUUCAGGAAAUUGGAUACAACUGUGUGGCAGACAUCUGGUCAUUGGGAAUAACUGCCAUAGAAAUGGCUGAGGGAAAGCCCCCAUAUGCCGAUAUCCAUCCAAUGAGGGCCAUCUUUAUGAUUCCCACCAACCCUCCCCCUACAUUUCGAAAGCCAGAACUAUGGUCCGAUAACUUCAUGGAUUUUGUGAAGCAAUGCCUUGUAAAGAGCCCUGAGCAGAGAGCCACAGCCACUCAACUCCUACAGCACCCGUUUGUCAAAAGUGCCAAGGGAGUGUCAAUACUGCGGGACUUAAUUAACGAGGCCAUGGAUGUGAAGCUGAAACGCCAGGAAGCCCAGCAGCGGGAGGUGGACCAGGAUGAUGAAGAGAACUCCGAGGAGGAUGAGAUGGACUCUGGCACAAUGGUUCGAGCAGCAGGUGAUGAGAUGGGCACCGUCCGGGUAGCCAGCACCACAAGUGAUGGGGCCAGCACUAUGAUUGAGCACGGGGACACAUUGCCAUCACAGCUGGGCACCAUGGUGAUCAACACAGAGGAUGAGGAAGAGGAAGGGACCAUGAAAAGUAAGGCUCUGGUUAAAUAUACUCCCUUCUCAGACAACCCCUGCAAAUUCCAGAGAAAACAAGCUCUCAUGGUCCACAUGGACUCAGGCUGGAGUCACUUUCUGAUUGUGCAGGGGUGGGUGCAGGAGGGGAGAGCUGACCUGAGACAUCAGAGGCAAGAAAGCAUCAGCAAUGAGGAAGGUCUUUCUUUUGAGUUGGAAUAGCCACCUCUCAUCGAAUGUUGUCAUUUUCUCCUUUUCUUUGAUCUGUGGAGGCAAA